AACAUAUAUCAUUUUAUUGUUAAACAUAUACUAUUCCAUUGUUAAAUGUAUAUUAUUCUAUAUGGAUCAUAUAUGUUUAACAAUAAAAUGAUAUAUAUUUAACAAUGAAGUGAUAUAUGUUUAACAAUAUUGUUAGACAUAUAUCAGUGAAAUCAAUAGAUAUCUGAAGAAAUACUAUAUGAAGAAAUUUUUUUUUCUAUUUUCUAGUUUAAUUAUAAUUCCAAAUAUAGAUAUUUAUUAUACUGAGGAUGGAUGGUUUGUUCAUUUUAUUUUUAAAUUAUUUUUAAAUUAAAAGAAAUUUAUUUUUUUUCCACUUAAGAUUCUGAAUCAAUUACAAAUGGUGCUAAUCAAGUAACAGCUAAAACUGCUCAGGGUAAAUAUGGUCAUCACGGUAUACCACAAUAUACAUCAACAUCAACUCAUGCACUUGGUGAUCUAUCGAGAAAGAGAAUUUCAACAAUUGCUGCAGAUGAAAUAUCAAUACCAGUUGGCCAUAGGAAAUAUAAAGAAAGAAAAAAUGAAUCUCUUCUUCCAUCAUCAAAUAAAACAACAACUCAAUCUUCAAAUAUUCAAGUGAAGGCUAAAUAUGAUGAUGACGAUGAAAUUGAUGACGUUGAUAACGACGACGACGUUGAUGAUGACGAAGAUCCUACUGAUAUAGAUUGUGAACGAUCGGUUGACAUUAUGUUGAAAAUUGAAAACAACAAAAAUAAUACACCAGCUCUUCAAAAACUCGAACAAGAGCUUGAUCAAAAAGAAAUAAAUGCUAAAACAGCAAUUGAAGAAUCAGAAAUAUUCGAGACAGACGAUGACCAAAAAAAGCAACAAUCACAAUUAACACCGGACAAACAUAAAUACCACAGAGUGAAGCUUAUUACAAAAGAAGAAAUUGAACUAUCGAAAAAAGAUGACAACGUUGAGGAUGUGGGUGUGUGUAAUGAAUGUGAACAAUAG